UGGUCCCUCGGUCGCAGCUCGUGCCGCCUCCUCCGCGCCGCCGCUGUCUCAGCCGCUCGCUUCGUGGGUCGGUCCCUCCGGCACACGAGUUCCAGCCGCGCCACAGCCGCCCUUCAAGCCCUUCAGGCCGUCCCGGUCUCCUUCCUCCGGCUCGACCCAGCCCGUGAAGAUGGUGGACCGCGAGCAACUGGUGCAGAAAGCCCGGCUGGCCGAGCAGGCGGAGCGCUACGACGACAUGGCCGCGGCCAUGAAGAACGUGACAGAGCUGAAUGAGCCACUGUCCAAUGAAGAACGGAACCUGCUCUCUGUGGCUUACAAGAAUGUCGUUGGAGCUCGCCGUUCCUCAUGGAGGGUCAUCAGUAGCAUUGAGCAGAAGACAUCUGCAGAUGGCAACGAGAAGAAGAUAGAGAUGGUUCGUGCUUACCGGGAGAAAAUCGAGAAGGAGCUGGAGGCGGUGUGUCAAGAUGUGCUGAGCCUGCUGGACAACUACCUGAUCAAGAAUUGCAGCGAGACCCAGUACGAGAGCAAGGUGUUCUACCUGAAGAUGAAAGGGGACUAUUACCGCUACCUGGCUGAAGUAGCCACUGGAGAGAAGCGGGCCACCGUGGUGGAGUCCUCUGAGAAGGCCUACAGCGAAGCCCAUGAGAUCAGCAAGGAGCACAUGCAGCCCACCCACCCCAUCCGGUUGGGCCUGGCGCUUAACUACUCCGUGUUCUACUACGAGAUCCAGAACGCCCCAGAGCAAGCCUGCCACUUGGCCAAGACCGCCUUUGACGAUGCCAUUGCUGAGCUCGACACUCUGAACGAGGACUCCUACAAGGACUCCACUCUCAUCAUGCAGCUCCUCCGUGACAACCUAACGCUCUGGACAAGCGAUCAGCAAGACGACGAGGGCGGAGAAGGCAACAAUUAAGGCCCCAGGUGGACUGGCAGCGCACGCUGAUGCUACUACUGCAGUCUUUAUUUUUUUCCCAUGAGUUGGGGGUCGGGUGGGGGAGGGAAAGGGAGGGCUGACCUUCCCAGGGAGAAACCCACGACCUGUCCUGUCUUUGAUCGCCUCUUUGACGUUUUUGCCAAAAUACCACUAGUGGAAAGUCAGGCUAGCUGUGCUGGUAUUGGAGUAGCAGUCUCACGGCAUAUGGACUGUGGUGUAGGUUCAUGCAAGUGGAGCUGUCUGUCUUUAAUUUAACUUAUUGCUAGGUGAUAGGUUUUGAGAUGAAAAGAAAAUGUAAAUGGAAUGGCCCUCAUUCAGUAAGUUCUGUGGUUCCAGUAACGAUUUUAUGUACAUACGCUCUUGUCUUAAGUUUUGGGUACUUUCUCGCUCCUCUGUUUUAGCUGUGCAUUUCUUUUGGGGUGUCCUCUACCAGACAUGGCAUAGUUUAAAUCCCAAGCAAACAGACUUGGAGCAUGAGGUUUGCUCAUCCUACAGUUUAGGCCUGCCCGUUUUCCUCAAGUCUGAUUAGUUGACAGUAUUAACACUAAAUUGCAGUUUACAGUAUUUCUACAUUACAGCCAUAUGUGACAUCAAGCCAUCAAUUGUGAAUUUUUCUUUGCUGUUUUUUUUGGCUUUACAUUCUUCUUUAGCCGUAUCUAGGUUGGUUUUGCUGUUCUCUGCCUCCUUGGCUAACAAACGUGCCCUGAGGAGAGUCAAAGCUACUUUAGGUUCGGUUAAUAGGUGCUUGGCAGGUGGCUGUGGGAUUUCAUCCUCCUUUCCUCUUAACAAAUCAACAACAGAAGUUAUUAAUCACUUUAACAGAAACGUUAAGCACCGCAAAAAUGGAGGCACUUCAGGUCUGUCUGUCAUGUAUGGUGUUAGAUUCUCCAUGACCCCUGCUCCCAGCUGCCUCAGCUCCUUCCUCAGGGAUUGCACUGCCAUUUGCUCCCCUCUGCACGUGAACUUUCCCCGCUGUACCGGUGCCCACGGCACACGAGUGGCUUGGAGGUUGGAUCGUAGAGGCUGGUGGCCUUCAAGAAGGUGUGUGGUGCAGUGUGGAGAGUCAGGUGCUAGAAGCUGAACCUGUAGAGACCCGGCAGGAGGCGCUGCGCCUGCCCAGCCUUCCUCCAGCUCUCCUUCCUGAGGGCAGGCCUGCUGCGGUGGUGAGUGAAGUCACCAUGGGGAGUAAGCGCUGAAUCCUGUUUGACCAAAAUUUUUCCCCUUUUUCUAUUCAAGGAAAGCAUGGAAGUUGGAGGUUGACCUCUCUGAGUUAGCGCACAUUUUGCAAUUGAAGGAAACCACAGAGCUGUUUCCACACAGCUGUUCUCAGUUAGCCCUGGGGCCCUCCUUCCCACUGCAGCUUGGUCUCUGUAAACAUGACCCAUUGCAUGUCGCCUGUCCAGUUUUUCUUAGCUUUUUUUUUUUUAAACAAAAUCAGUAACCAUGUGGACUCCUAGGAUGGGUAAUGACACCAGAGUUACUUUGUUACUUUAUUUUAUUUAGGCAAGGAGAGAUAUGAGUAAUGACUGAGGAAAACCUGACAUGCUUUUGCUAGACCAAAAUCAAGCUUACAAUUAUGAAAUGAGUAUGUUUAACAGGACACAGUGACAGUGACAAUAGAAGCGUGGUGAUGACCGUAGAGUCAGUGUGCUCCGUAGUAUUGCAGUUUCCCAGCAUGAUUUUCCUUCGAGGGCCCCUCCUCACCCUGAUGGAAGUCCUGACUCACUGAAUUCUUCCAAGGAGUUCUAACUCAACAGAGCUUUGUCGCUUUAGUGCCAUUACAGGAGCCUGGAGUCAUCGCUGUGGAUGGAAAACAUUUGGGGGAAGGGGCGGGUGGGUCUUUCCCUAAUUUUAUCUUCAUGUCCAGUGAGCAGUGUCAUGUCCGUCCUUAUCGCAUUUGGAAAUGAUUGACUGGAAUUACAAAACCUAUUUUUCCUUUAAAUUUCAGCUUUGGCUCUGGCUGCGUUUUAGAAUAAUGCAAGAUAAAAUCCCUGCAGACAGACAGAGGGCUGGAACUGAAGAGGGACAGGAGACUUGGUGUUACGCAGCUUGAAUGGUUUCUUUUCUUUUCUUUAUUUUUAAAGAAAUGCACUUGCCUAUGAUACUGUCUCUCCAGUGAAAUGAUUACUCCUCCAUUACUCUAUUGAUACAAUAUUGUGCAUGCUCGUGUUGUAUUUCUAUACAGUAGCUUGAAAUUUAUUAACUUAUACUGUAGGUGUUAUGUAUUCCUAUGACAAAAAAAAAUUAAGUCUUCAAAUUUUUUAAAGUUUUUUUAAUUUAAUUUUUCCUUUUGGGGGUACAAGUUUGCUCUACCAAAUAGUGAUCGUAACAAAUUGAUCUGUUUUGGAUGUUGCUAUAGUGACAUGCAGUUAUAUAUUUUGUUUUUAAGGGGGGGGGGGCAAAAGAAACACCAGUGUUAGCUUAAUCUUAAUGUCUGGUGUUUGUCAUGGUGAAAUUAUAACUAUUACAGUGUAGGAGAGCACUGACUAUGUUCUCCGAAUGAGCCUUUGUGCUUUUUGUCAUGUUAUGCAGUGAACUAUUUUUAAGGUCUAAUCAGUGAUUAUUUUUCCAACUCCGUGUUUCUCUAAGGAAUUAUUUCGCACACGGACCAUUCUUAGCAGUUUUCCUCAGUGAUGGAAUAUCAUGAAUGUGAGUCAUUAUGUAGCUGUCGUACAUUGAGCAAAUAAACUUACAGAUCUGA